AUGACUUGUAAUCCAAAGUGGAUUGAAAUUACAGAAAAUCUAUUACCAGGUCAGACGGCUUCUGAUAGACCAAACUUAGUUGCACGUGUAUUUGAUUUUAAAAAAAAUGCAUUGAUCCAACUAAUAACUAAGACUGAACUUUUCGGCAAAGUUAUUGCUUAUAAGUGGGUAAUUGAAUUUCAAAAGCGUGGGUUACCACAUCUGCAUAUGUUACUUACAUUGCAAAGUGGUUUUAAAAUUAAAACUCCCGAUAUUGUUGAUAAAUUUAUAUGUGCUGAAAUACCAAAUAAAGACCUUGAGCCCAAGCUAUAUGAUAUCGUUACAAGAAAUAUGCUUCACGGCCCCUGCGGUGAUUGGUGUUUAAUUGACGGAAAAUGUUCUAAAAAGUUCCCCAAAGCAUUUCGGAAUGAAACUGUUAUGGAUGAAAAUGGAUAUCCUUUUUAUCAACGUAAAAACGAUGGAAUGACAUUUACUCGAAACAAUGAAUUUAUUUUUGAUAAUCGAUACGUAGUACCAUAUAAUAAAACGUUACUUUUGACAUUCAAUUGUCACAUAAACGUUGAAGUAGUUGCAUCCUCCACAGCAGUCAAGUAUCUAUGUAAAUACUGUUACAAGGGUCAUGACCAAGCUGCAGUAACAAUUAAUGGUAAUCUGCAUAGUACAAACUCAGACACAACUCAUAAUACCCAACAUCCUCAAAAUGAAUCUGACGCUGCAGUGAACCACGAUGAAAUCCGCGAUUUUGUAGAUGCCCGGUAUGUAGGUCCCGUUGAAGCCGUUUGGCGAAUUACAUCAAAAGCAUUACAAGAUAAAAGCCACUCAAUUAUUCGUUUACCAAUACAUUUACAGAAUGAACAAAAUAUUACAAUAAACGAAGAUUGCGAUGAAACUGCUUUACAAGAAGCGUUACAAAAACAAUCAAUGCUAAUAGAUUAUUUUAAAUUGAACGAACGGAGCACAGAGGCUAGACAAUAUACAUACAGCGAAAUUCCACGCCAUUACGUUUUUAAAAAAAUAGAUAAUACUAAUAAUUACAACUGGCAACCACGUCGAAAACAUUUCAAUGUAAUUGGUCGUAUGUAUUCAAUUAGUCCAGCCCAAGUAGAAUUAUUUCAUCUUCGGCUUUUACUUGUCAAUGUUAAGGGUGCAAUAAGUUACGAAGAUAUUAGAACAGUUAAUGGAGAAGUAUGUGAAACUUUCACAAGUGCAUGCCUAGCGUUAGGAUUAAUAGAAGAUGAUCAAGAAUGGAAACGUACAAUGAGUGAAGCUGUAGUGUGGAUGAUGCCCCGACAGUUGCGAUGUUUAUUUGUACGUAUAUUAAUCCACUGUCAGCCUCUUUAUCCUGAAGAACUAUGGGAACAAUUUAAAGAACAUAUGUCCGAAGAUUUCUACAGUCACUUUGGUGUAAAUGAUGGUAAUCAAAGAGCAUAUAGAUUCAUAAAUUUUAUGCUUAACAAAGAAGGUGUUAGUCUCUCUAAUUUCCCAAAAAUGCCCCAAAUAGAUGAAACAGAAGAUAUUCUUGAUGACUUUCAUACCCAAAACGUAAGUAAUGAUGAAUCUGGAGCAUAUUAUCGCAAAUUAAAUUUAAAACAAAAAGAGAUUGUUGAUUUCGUUAUGCAGGCUAUCAAUGACGAAAGUGAUCAUCAAUCUAAUUGUAUUUAUAUUGACGGACCGGGAGGUUCAGGAAAAACUUUUAUAUACACAACGUCGUGGCAUUUACUAAAAAGCCAAGGCAAAGUUGUUUCUACAAUGGCUUAUACUGGUAUCGCAGCAACUCUUUUACCUAACGGAAAAACUGUCCACAAAACGUUUGGUUUACCUGUCCCGAUGUUCUCUGAUUCAUCUUCAAACGUUAAACCUAAUUCAAAUCAAGGUAGAUAUUUAAAGAGUGUAGAUGUUUUUAUUUGGGAUGAAGCUCCUAUGUCUCCUAGAUAUUCUUUAGAGAUAAUCGACAGAACGCUGCGACAUAUAAUGAAUAUUGACGUACCAUUUGGUGGUAAAAUGAUGAUAUUAGGAGGAGAUUUUCGUCAACUUCUUCCUGUUCUAACCCAUGCCACUCGAAGUGAAAUGGUUAACUUAUCAAUAAAAUACAGUCAUUUGUGGAGAAAUUUUCAUAAAUUUACGUUAUCACAAAAUAUGCGAGCGUUACCAGAAGAAAUUGAAUUUUCACAGUUCUUGCUGGAUGUGGGCGAUGGAAAAUUAAAUGAUGUAAAUGAUAACCUUCUUCUACCUGAGGAAUGUUCUGUUUCUAAAGCUGAUAAUAUCGUUGAAUAUCUGUAUGGAAACAUUAUAAGGACGCAGUGUUUCAACGAACUUACUGGAUCAGUUAUUUUAUCACCAAGAAAUGUUGAUGUUGAUAUUAUCAAUGAACAAGUAGUUGAACUUCUAAAUGAAACGACUGAAAAAAUUUAUACGGCUAUAGAUAGUACCGAAAAUUGUGAUGAUGGAGACAUGACUGACGCAAUUUUGCCAGAAUAUCUCAAUACUCUUAAUCCCCCCAAUUUUCCACCUCACAAACUACGCUUGCGAAAAAAUACUAUAGUGAUGUUGAUAAGAAAUUUGAACUUAAGUGAAGGAUUGUGCAAUGGAACGAGGUUGAUGGUAUUGGAUUUAUCAACUAAUGUCUUGCGAUGUAAUAUAUUGACGGGUGAUAAGGCUGGAGAAAUUGUAUUUAUUAAUCGUAUUACACUAUAUUGUGAUAAUGUUUACCCUUUCACAUUUAAAAGACGCCAAUUUCCGAUAAAAAUUGCAUUUUGCAUGACCAUAAAUAAAGCUCAGGGUCAGACAUUUGAUAGAAUAGCCAUUGAUCUCACAAAAGAUGUAUUCAACCAUGGUCAAUUAUAUGUAGCAUUAUCUAGAGUUCGUUCUUGGCAGUCAUUAAAUUUGUAUUUAAGUAGUGAAAAAGAAGAAAAUUCUGUGAAGAACUUUGUAUUUAAGAAGCUGUAG